GUUUACGAAUCACACCUAAAUAAAUUUCAGUCAUAGUUGAAACACACAACGCGCUUCUUAUUGCAAUAGAAGUGGCUUAGAGUCAAGACAAACGCAUUUAUCUAGAUAGAGAGGAGAGAGCAGGGGGCAUAGGCAAAAUGGCGGUGGUACUUGAGGACUCUCUGGAUAAGAUGAUUCAGCAGAUGGCUGACUGCGAUAAGAUUCCAGUUGAGUAUAUGGAUCUGCUGACCCAUCGUAUAAGAUGUCGCAAAAUCGAGAUCUUUCACUAUGACGACGAGGUCAGCUUCACUACCGACGGCGGCGAGGAGGAACAAGAGCUGAGCCUGGAUCAUUUAAUGACCGAGGAUCGCACCGAUGACGAGGAUCGCACCUUGAAAAUUGUCGGUGAAAUCGAUUGCCUACUACGCCGCAUCGAGCAUAUGCAAUUGGCCAUCAAGCACCGUCAGGACUAUGUGCGGGGCUCCGAUAUGAGCUACCCCACUACCGAGCUGGAGUCGUCGUCGGGCACGCCUGUGCCAGAGCUGGGCGUCUUUGAGUUCAAGGAGUGCAUGCCCGUGAAGGUGAAGAGGGUGCUGAGUCCGUACCAGCAACAGCUGGCCGCCAACGAGCUGCCCAUGGACGAGCCGUUCCACAUUGUCCUCAACCGGAUGGAGGAGCUGGCGGUGCGCAAUCUACAGCACGCCCAGCAUCGCCUGCAAUGCGAGAUCGAUGAGCUGCUCUGCAACUAUCGUCUGAUACGCACUCUGCUCGGCAAGAUGCGGCGCCAGAUGUGCCAGGAGAAUCGACGUGUUCGCAAGCUGGGCGAGUUCACGCAGCAAUAUAAGGAAUGGAGCCAGGAGGUGGUCAAAGAUCUGCCCGCUUGUAAGCAGAACUUCGCUGUUAUGGUGCAGAAGAAGCUCUGCAAGCAUGAAGGCAGAUGCAUCAUUAGAGCUCACAAGGCAAAGGAGGCCGAGUUCAUUAGAACUUUUCUGAGCUAUCGCCAGCUGAACUACGAGAUACGUGAGUUCGAAUUGGAAAUCAAGGAGCUGCAACAGUACUGUAACGAUCUCAACAAGGAGAUGGUGAUGCGCUUUGACAUCCUUGAGGAGGAGGCGAGCGAUACCUCAGAAACCUGUGAAGAAGUUUGCGAUCUAACUAUCUAGAGCGAAGUCAACAAAUAUUCAAAGAUUCACAUCUCGAGAAGUGUUGGAGGUCUUCUAGUGAUUAUUUUCUAUAUCC